AUGUCUAUAGAAGCUCUUGACGGUAAAUCCGCUGAAACUGUAACCGAAAACUACGAGUACUUCCUCUUCGAUCCAGAAAUCGCUCGAGAUCGAGAUGAUGAAGAUCAUUGCGACGAGGUUGCUUCUGCUUUGAAUAAUCGUGGUGAUCACGAGCUUUUUAUUCGAGGAAAACGGAUUAUAUGGUCGAUUGAUGCAAGAGUAUUUAAGAGAUUUACUAUGGAAUCCUCUAUUGUUAAGGUGUGCUGGUGUCAUCUGGGUCAUACAGCUGAAGCUCUUUUAUGUAUAUUACAAAUUGAUCGGUUGAAAAUCCAUAGUACAUCUGGUGAAGUAGUUUCAGUUCAACUUUCCGUCAACACCACCUUGCUCCCCUCAGUGUACUCACAACCCCCUUCUGCUCAUCAUCAUCCAUCUACUGCAACCUAA